CUGUCCUUGUGUCCUUUCCUGAAAUCUCCAUGGGGGAGAUUCCCUUGCAUUACCAUCAGAGGCCCUGGGAGCACUGGGUUCUCAGAAGGCCUGCUGAGUGCUCAGCUAGGUUGAAGAACUAUGGAAGCCAAGCCCGGACUGGUCGUCGGCACUGUUUGUUGUAGCUUUGCCGUCUUUCAGGUUCUUUUCCAUUUUGUAAGUUACUGGUUUUCAGCAAAAGUCUCUCCAGGUUAUAAUAGUCUUAGCAUCGAGAAGAAGAUUGAAUGGAACUCAAGGGUAGUGUCUACGUGCCACUCUUUGCUGGUUGGGAUUGUUGGCUUAUACCUCUUCUUCUUUGAUGAGCCUACCAUAGUUGAUCCACUCUGGGGUGAUUCAACGCUUGUGAAAUUGAAUAUUGCAACUGCUUCAGGCUACCUCAUUUCUGAUUUAUUGAUUAUACUUUUGAAUUGGAAAGUGAUCGGCGACAAGUUUUUUGUAAUUCACCAUUGUACCGCUCUAACGGCAUACUGCUUUGUAUUGAUGAGGAAACUGAUAUGCAGAAACAUCUUAAGUGUUUUGGCCAAACCACGACUGAGUACACUGAGUGACACAUGA